AUGGAGAUGAAUUUCAAAGAACAGCAAAGAAAAGAAGAGAAGCUCCAAGGCUUGGAGGAUAAGCUUGGUAAUACCAAGAAGAGGAACGGUGCUGCACGCGGAGCAGAGGUCGGCCUCUUGAUUGACGCUGCUUGUGGCGGUGCGUUACUUGGCAUUCCUACCGCUCUCGGAACUCUUGUAGGCAUGGCUUGCACUGCAGCGGAUCAGGAGGACCUUGCGGAAAGCAUUUGCUCUCUCAAGAAGGAAAUUGAAGACCUUAAGAAGGAACGCCACAGACCUGGCUUCUCAGAAGACAUCAAGAUUAGUCAAUUGAAGAGCCAGAAGGAGCAACAAGAGGAGAAGCAUGAGAAGGCAAUGGGGGCCAUUGACCAUGACAAGGAAGAGCUGACAUGCAUUCUGAAGCAAGUCUCACACCAGCAGGGGCAGUGA